AUGGUGCAACUUGUCGACGAUUUGUUCCGCAUGCGGAUGCUUGUGGCCGGUGUAUACGCUGGACUCGUUGUUUCCUCCACGUAUGGCUUCAGUAUAUUCACUGAACACAUGAGGAACAAGUAUGGUCUGUCCCAAACUGACAUCACGACUAUCACCACUGUUGGGAACUGUGUGAAUUACUGCAGCUUCCUGGGUGGUAUGCUGUUUGACUUCGCCGGGCCCAUGGUCGUGCUUCCGCUCGCGGGGUUUCUUGUCUUCGUGGGCUUUGGCUUGUUUGGUCUGACAUUUGAUGACAAGAUCCAGACCGCCAGUACUGUGCUCUUCUCCAUCUACAUGGGCAUUGCACAUCUUGGCAUCCCUUCCAUGGAUGUGUCUGCCGUGAUGCCGCUGAUGCUGCAACUCCCUAUGGAUCGCGGGUACGUUGUCAUGAUCCAGAAGACGUUCAGUGGGCUUGGCACCUCGGUGUUGAUGGCGUAUUUCAACGGCUGGUUCAAAGCAGUUGAUUCUAACGAUCUCAGUGACAACAACUACUCCGGCUACGCGUACUUCCUUGGUGCACAGGCUCUGGUGUGCGCAUUUGUUGGCACUUACUUUAUUCGGCUUCCGAUGUACUUCCCGUGCGACUGGACGAAGAAGCGGCUGAGCGCGGAGGAGUGGGCCGAGCGAUCUGGGACGCUUGAGCUCUACAUGAAGCAGCGUGCCCCCAUGCGGCGGCUGAGGAUCGGAUUUGCGCUGGUUCUUGCCGUGCUUGUCUUCUCUACCACUCAGUCGAUUACGACGGCGUACGUGAAGACGUCUCAUGGGGGCUACCUGGCGAUUGCGAUCAUUGCCGUGGUGCUGCUGGCGUCGUUCUCCGUGAUAGCGCUGCCGUUCCAGUUCCUGGGCCGCUACACGCCUGUGAAGCCGACGCACAUGGAGGGCAUCGGGGAGGCGGCCACCGAGCAGCUGGACGGGUCGGCACCUGUGGAUGAAGUGAACAGUGACGAUGCCGAUGGGAGCGGGACGGGGAGGGUGGCGAACCGUGUGGCGCCGCAGUACCGUGCCUCCUUCUGGGUCCACUUACUCUCUCUGCACCUGUGGGGGCUUUGGUUUACCUGCUUCGGUGCGUGGGGUACAGGUGCGGUCAUGCAGAUGAACGCCGCGCAGAUCUACCGCAGCAAGAAUUACGGUGAGGUGGACACCCCGACGCUGACGCUGUACGUUGCCAUCAUGGCUGUGGGAAGCGCCAUUGGGCGCAUAUCUGUAGGGGUUCUUGACAUGAUUCUGAUGAAUCGGCAUCGGGAAGGCAAAACACGGGUGCUGACGACGAUCGCACUACCCCUCGGCCCGCUCCUGUUGUUUGUGGCGUUUCUAUUCUUCGCUGUUCUCCCGCAGCAGGCGCUGAUUCUGCCGUUCUUGCUUGGCUCCAUGGGCAACGGCAUUGGCUGGGGCGGAGGCGUCCUAGCAGCCCGCAUGAUGUACGCUCGCGACGCCGGAAAGCACUACGAUUUCCUUUUCUCCUCUGGUUUUGUGGCGUCAAUUGCACUGAACCGCUUCAUGUUCGGUGAGAUGUACGACUCACAAGCACAUCAACAAGGCACUUUUCCUGCUUGCAAUGAUCCUAUGUGCGUGCGGAACCAGAUGUUCAUCCUAAUGGCCAUCAAUGUUCUUGCAACCUUCGCAGCUGUGCUUGUGCACUUGCGUUUUGCCCGCUUCACGGCGGAGAAGGACCGUGAAGAGGCGUCUCUUGGCAUGCCAAAGCGUAGCGGCAACGAUGUAUUGGCAACAGAUCCCCCAGAGCCCUUCGAGGGCGGUAAUCGUGUAGAGUAG